AUGACAAAUUACGUUGAAGAUUAUUUUAAUGAACGUCAACAAUCUUUCUCUGAUUCUAGUGAUGACGAUGAAGGAAGUGUUGAUUUUGAUAUUGACUAUUCGGAUGAUGAUUGGCAAUGGGAAGAAAGAUUACGUUUAAUUAACGAAUUUUCAAAUUGGACUAGUGGAAAUGACAAUUUGGAUCAAUUUAUUCAACAAACCCAAUUGGAAACUCCUAAAUCUGAAAUGAAUCAAAUAGAAGUGUUUGAUAAAAUAUUAGCAAGUAAAAUAAUUAAAUCCAACAACAACAACAAUAAUAAUGGACCAACUCCAGAAAUAGAUCCAUUUGCCAUCUACACGAGUAGAUUUUUAUUAUAUCCAAAUUUACCUGAACCACGAAAUAGACCAGAGGUGAUGACUAAAUAUCAUGAUGAUGAAUAUAUUCCUCCACCAAUUCCAUCGAUGCAACGUCGAAAAUCGGUUUUAUCUUUACCAAUGGAUCACGCACAACUUUUAGCACGUGCAUGUUGUUAA